UCAGCACAUUGCAAGACAGUACUCAGUCUAUUUUCUGUCAAGAGGCCAGUGAUUCCUCAAUGCUUUCUCACUGCUCAAAGUUAUGCUUCCGGCCUGUGCAGAGGACGACGCAUUGAGUGAGAUUGAUUUAACGACCAGAUUUAAAAAACACCUUUCACGUAAACCCGCUGACACCAUUCACGAUGAAGACAUGUAUGAUAUUUUAUGCCAACUUCGAAGCUACAGCAGCACACUGGCCUAUACCUCAAGAACUGCAACAUGGCUGAUCAAAUUGCUCAUGAGUGAUGAUUUUACACAGUUCUAUAUGCGUUACUUGGAAUUGCUAUGUCGCACCGACGAAGUGGACUAUAUUUCUCACUCGGUGAAUCGCUGUGUGACCAACUUCAUAAAAUUGCACAUAAUCAUAUGGAAUGUUACUGACAAAGCAGAUGGAUUGUGUGUUAAGCUGGUUUCUGCCGGAGUUAUUAGUCAUCUAUUCCGACUGCUUAGUCUCGUACAACUGCAUGAAGCGGUGGGCAAUCGAGACCAAAAUGCUCUGUGGCUGGCUCACGGCGCUGUUGGUAUACUGCAGAAUGUAGUAAAUCACAUCCCAAAUGCUGUGUGGCAACUCAAGGAGGCAAAUGCUUUUAAUAUCCUCUCAGGUUUUCUGACAGAGUUCAAUACUAGCGAAGGCCAGCAAGAUCUGGACGCACUCGCACUUGGCUAUCAUGGGCCAGAACAAACGACGGCGGCACUGCGACUCCGAUUGCAUGACCAUGCAUUAAAAACUGCUAUACAUUUUCUGCUUUCGUUUCUUCCCAACGAAGAUCAUAACGAAUCAGAUGAUUUGCAUAUCGUCUAUUUACUGACUGCACUGGAUGAUGCGUUGAAUGGAUCAACUACUCUGUACUCGAGCAAGUUCGGCUACAGCGUAGAGGAACUGCUAGUCGGUUUCACAAACUUGGCCAAGCUUGACAGGAACAAGAAAGCUCUUAUCAGAAACAAUGCCAUGGAAUCCAUCCAGAAAUCCCUUACCGUGGCGCAUGAAUUGAAAUACCCCUAUGUUCCGGAUGGAGCAGAGUUUGUACCCACACUUAUCAAAGAAGCUCAUGGUCUGGCGGAGAAGACCCUGAAUUUUUUGUGGUUUCUUUCAUUAGUUCCGGAAAGUAUGGAUAGUUUAAAACCGGGUUCUGUUAUACGUGGCCUUGUCGAGCGGUUUUCUGACGAUUUCAACUGGCCUGAUAGUUGUGUAAAAGCUGCCAGAAGUAUUUUGUGCACCGUGUCUUAUUCCAAUGCCCUACCUUCAUCCGGAGGUGAACAGGAGAUAGCAGAGAUGAUGGCUUUAGAACGUCGGCAGUGUUCCCGUCGUGGACAUGUUAUGAUCAGUUACUCCCAUCGGAAUCAGGAUGUGAUGUUACGCGUUCGAGACAAAUUACAGGACCUGGGUUAUGAUGUAUGGAUGGAUGCAGAUCAGAUACAAGGCUUGUUCGGAGCUGGAAUGGCCAAAGGAAUUCAGCAAGCUUCCGGACUGAUUUUGGGUAUUUCUCAGGCGUUCAUAGACUCGCAGCAUUGUCGACAAGGGAUGUUGUUUGCCUAUUUGCUACAAAUACCCUUCUAUCCACUGGAGUUGCAGGAAAACGUCGUUGUGGACGGUUGGCUUGCAAUGCUUUUGACCACAAUCAAGUGCAUACCGCUCUGUGAUGAGACCAUGUUUGACAAUGCAGUGCGGACGCUCGUUGAGCAGCUAGGAGACCGUGGGCGUCGCCUUCCGGGAGAUGAGAGACCAGCCUUUACGUGGCUCACACACAGGUUAUCAUCUUUCCUAGCUUCACCUGCAGCAGUCUCUGAGCAUAUGGGGCAUGCCCAUCCUUCAUCCAGUUUGUCAAUGGAAUCGGAGGGAACUGUUCCACAGUCGAAAACAGGCGAAUUGGACGACUCGGCUUUGGCACUCCUCCCAUCUGCUACCUUGAAAGUUGCAGAUAAUCGGGCUCCGACCAUGCUGCCAAGACAUUCCUCUUAUACACCUCUGAGACUAGCUUCGUCCCUAGGCCCAGGUCCUGACGAUACGUCUUCCGGGCUGCCCAAUCUGCUCUGUUGGACAAAAUCAGACGUUGCUCGAUGGUUGGCGGAAUCCGGUCUAGCAGCCUACAUUCCUUCGUUUUCUGGAAUGGAUGGUUCCAUGGUGGUAGAAUUAGACCGAUUUCGGCGUAACGCCAACCAAACAUUGUCAGACAGAUUGCUCGCGGACUUGGGAAUGCCCUUGUCGGACCAACAGCGUCUCUUCAUUGCAUUGACCAAACUUUCAACCAGUGAUAUGCGGACUUGUCCAGUGUUUUACUGAUAUUUCAUUUUUAUGUUUUAUCUGUCUGCCAGUUUACUAUUCGUGAGCGCUUCCUUGUUUCACCAAAGUAUUUUUGGUUUGCAUUAUUUACUCCUAUUUAUUUAUUUGUUUAUUCAAAAUAAUACUUAUAUUCCUGACUUGUUUCCUUGCCCGUUUG